UAAAGACUCAACUACCCUUGAGCAGGAUGACCCGGGAAGAAUUGGAGGACAGUUUGUUUCGUCUUCGUGAAGAGCACAUGUUGGUGAAGGAGCUUUUUUGGAAGCAACAGGAUGAGAUCAAAAGGAUGAGGACAGCCUUGCUCCGGUCAGCUGCAGCAGGCCGGGACCGGAAGGCCGAGGUGGCAGCGGCGGAGCAGCUCUCGGGGCCUGCUGGGCGGCGGCGGAACGCGGGUUGGCGGCAGCGGCCCCCCAAGCACCUGCGCCCCCCGCUGCACGGGCUGCAACUGCAGUUCCAGCGCGUCGGCCCCCCUGCUCCUCGUUUCACCCAGCCUCGCGUCCACGCGGGACACAGACAGCUCCACACCGCCGGGGCAGCGGAGGCCGAGAAACCCAAGAGGGAGUCAAAGGACAGGCUGAGCUACACAGCUCCUCCCACAUUCAAGGAACAUGUGACAAAUGAAAAAGCCAGAGGUGAAGUAUCCAGUGAACCCAGCGAACAGUGAGUUCUUUUCCUUUAUCCUGUGCUGUUACUCUUUCAACUUUAAUUGGAAAAACCUCAUUUAGGGAACAAGUGAAUGUUGCCAUUUUUGAGUCUUUCCAGAAUAAUCAGAGAAGAUGAAAGUCAACCCAGUUUGGAAGUUGUCAAAUUCCAACUUCAUUGCUUAAAAAUGGAAAAUAAGCAUCUCUUUGUCUUCCAAGGAAAGGAAAAUAAAGGUCCUUUCCUUAAUUGAAGGUAUUCCCUCUCUUUCCCUUUAUAUUUUCCCCCUUAGGUCGUAAUUCACUUAUAUUUCUGUUUGACACUGGAAAGCUAUAUUUGGUAAGUUUAUCCUCCACAUAUGCCAAGAUUACUAACUCCUCUAAGUUCUUUUUAUAUAUGUGAGGGCCCAGUUCUAAACCCCUAUAACAGCGGUUUCUAAUUCUUCUUUUCGUGUUUAAUAUUCCUAAUUCUAACAGUAUAAUCUCUUUUAACAAAGUCA